UUUGAACCAUUCAAAUGCCAACGCUACUUGAAAGUCCUUCGACGAUUUGGACAGACCAAUAGCGCUGUUGCACGUUUAAGCUCAGAAAAUGUUUGCCAAAACAUCGAAAAUGAUGUCUUUCUCCUGCAUAGUUGGCAUCUUAAUAUGUAUUUACGCAUUACAUGUGGAGCAUUCAAAGGAAUCAAAUAAGGAGUACCGUGCAUUUUGUGAUAUUUCCGAAUAUAUGAGUUGUUCGAAUGUAUUGACAUCAAAGUAAGACUAUGUUUGCAUACCUUUUUUUUAAAACUCUGAUACGGCCGAGGACUUGGAUUACCGAUAAAUUCUUACGGGAACGCCAUAUUUACCCAAAGAAAUCCAGUAUAUGGUCUAUUUUACUACACUCUGAUGUUCUUGCUAAGUAAUUCGUUUUAACUAGCUCAUCGUCAUACUCGAUGCGUUUUAUUUUAUAGGUUGUGUCAAAUCGAGGAUAAUGACAAAAUUAUCAAUACUACUGUCUUGCAUUUCUGUUCUGGGCUCAAUUUACUUGUGUUACAUUUUAUUUUUUAUUCUCAGAGAUAUUUGUCUUGUUUGUUUGUCUAUAUACGCUGUAAACAUUAUUAUUUGUUACAUAUCAUUUAAACGCUAUACAAAUGAACAUUUUAUAAAGAAAUCAUUAUGAAAUUACCUAAUGUUUUUUUAAAUUCGUAUACUGCAUUUACUGCCAUGUAAUAUUAUUAUGUUUCGCUUUUUCUCUACCUUUCUCUCUUUUUAGAAGUAUUGAAAAUGUUGUGGCAUAUAGUUGUAACGUUCUUGUAUAGCGAGAUGUUCGUUGUUUUGCUGAUGAUUCUUCCAUUUUUCUCAUCACAAACGUGGAGCAAAUUCUUCAAAUUCAGCAUAAUCCAGAAGAUUUCAGAAAAAUCAUCAUUCUAUUUUCGUUUAUUUCUCGUAAUGUUAGUAUGCGUGUUAGCUGAAGCACUUCGUAAUAUAUGGGUACUGAGACAAGCCUAUAAUUCAAUUAAAGAUCAUCCUCAUGAAAUGCGUCCAGAAACAGAAUCUCUUUACUUGAUGCGUAUGUUCCGUGCUCAACGUAAUUUUUAUAUUACUGGAUUUUCGUUAUUCGUGUGGUUUGUACUGCAUCGUCUUGUCAGUUUACUUUCGGAACAUGCCAAAAUGCAAGCUUCCGAAGAGGCGAGUAUUAAACAAGCUCAGAGUGCAACAGCAGCAGCGCAACGUUUGUUAGAUCAAUCAAAAGUUACUGAUAGUGAUACGGAAGAUAUAUAUCCUGAUACUAUGGAAGCAUUAAAAGAUGAAUUGGCGAAAUUAACUAAGAAAUUUGAAUCUGAGGAAAAAGCUCAUCAAAAAACUAAACAAGAUUUGGAAACUUUAAAGAAACAAACUCUUCAAACGAAUACUGAAUACGAUCGUGUCACACAAGAAUGUCAAAAACUACAAUAUCGUCUUCAAAUGUUAGAAGGUGGUGGUUCAACAAACAAGAAAGCUGAUUAGAUCUGUGAUCAUUCAUUGUCAACAAUAUUUUGACACUAAUCAACUAUUGAUCUUGAUCCGGUGUCAAUAAACACAAUAAUUUGCAUCAUUCUAUAUGUUUACUUUUUAAAUGUUACAUCUUUCAGAUAUACUUCGUUACUUAUUUAUUGUUUAUGGUUUUGUAACAGAUUGUGUUUGUAACUUUCGAACAUUGUUUUGUGUUCUCUACAUAUAAAUUUAUUGCUCUAUAUCGAAUAUAACUGUAGAUGUAAUAAUUCUUCAAUGAAUUUAUUCUGACAUGAA